AUGCCAAGACCCCAAACCAUCGGCCGAAAGCAACGUCGGGGCUGGCCCGUGCGGCCGAAUGGAGUUCCCCAGACUAUCGGCUGCUCGGCCUCAAAAUUUUCCAGAGACAAGCAUUUGAGGUCCCCGCGCGUUCCCGCCGCCGCUCCGUCAACGGGCCAAAAUAGCAUGGUCGUCCUGGCUCUCUGCACGGAGUCGGGCUCCUCACCACACCUCCUCGCCACGAAUUCCGACCCAGAGCUCCAGAGGAUGACUCCUUUUAUCCCCAGCUCCAGCCAGCCCGGUGGAGACCAGGCCGGUCACAUCAUCGGUUCGAUGGAUAACGUUUGCGUGUCAUUUUGA